CAGUUUUGUUUGAUCUUUUUCACCAAUGGCCCACAUAACCAAACUGUCAUUUACUCUAAGUUGCAUGUACAACGUGAUUGAUUCAAACUAAAUUCCUCAGUUAUCGGAGUAGACCUCACAAUCAUGUCUGGCAGAGAAGGUGGCAAAAAGAAACCCUUAAAGGCACCAAAGAAAGACCAGAGGGAAAUGGAUGAGGAUGAUCUAGCUCAUAAGCAAAAACUCAAGGAACAACAAAAAGCACUGAAUGAAGCCAAAGCCAAAGCAUCCCAAAAAGGACCAAUGGGAAGUGGAGGUAUUAAGAAGUCAGGGAAAAAAUGAUAAUAUAUAAUAUUUUAAUUUCUAUAACUGCAAUUUAUGAUAAAAUUGUAAAAUCUUUUGUAUAAUUAUAAUUUUGUAAUGUAUAA